AUGCUACAAGCGCAGAGCCAACACGUCUUUUCCCAUCAGCAUCAGUACCCACAAGCUGAUCCUGCCUGGUUGCAGCAUCAGCAACAGCAGCAACAGCACCAUCAGGCUCAGCCGCACCAGCAACACCAGCAGCAGCAUGCCUCCUUGGUCGCCCAACAGCACGCUCAGGUUCAAGCCGCUGCAGCCGCUGCGCAGCAGCAGCACUAUGGUCGCUUGGCUAUGAACGGCAAUGGUGCAGCAAAUCCUGGUCAGGGUGCUGGAGCUGUCAGCGGUAUGGGUGGAGAGGGUCUGGCUAAUGCAGUCUCCGUCAUGGACGGCGGCAUCAGUGAGGAGAAUCGCAAGGUCUUCAUUUGGGUGGCAGAGCUCUUGGACCCUGCCCGCAGGGAAACAGCGCUUAUGGAACUGAGCAAGAAGAGAGAGCAGGUUCCUGAGUUGGCGCUUGUGAUCUGGCACUCAUUCGGUGUGAUGACAGCCUUGCUUCAGGAAAUCAUCUCGGUUUAUCCUCUUCUGAACCCUUCGCAGUUGACUGCCGCGGCUUCAAAUCGAGUCUGCAAUGCGCUGGCGCUCUUGCAGUGUGUCGCAUCCCACAAUGAAACGCGCACUCUGUUCUUGAAUGCCCACAUCCCCCUGUUCCUUUACCCAUUCCUCAACACUACCUCGAAGUCCCGCCCGUUCGAGUACCUUCGUCUCACAUCUCUCGGAGUUAUCGGAGCCCUGGUGAAGAAUGACUCCUCAGACGUUAUCAACUUCUUAUUAACUACCGAGAUCAUCCCUCUGUGCCUCCGUAUCAUGGAGACUGGAUCCGAACUGAGCAAGACCGUUGCCAUCUUCAUUGUCCAGAAGAUCUUGUUGGAUGACAUUGGCUUGGCAUAUAUCUGUGCGACCUAUGAGCGUUUCUAUGCUGUUGGUACCGUGCUCAGUAAUAUGGUCGGCCAGCUGGUGGAUCAGCAAACAGUGCGACUACUGAAGCAUGUUGUCCGCUGCUUCCUUCGCCUGAGUGAUAACAGUCGGGCUCGCGAGGCUUUGCGACAAUGUCUGCCAGAGCCUCUGCGAGAUGCCACCUUUUCCUCAGUUCUGCGCGACGACGCAGCCACCAAGCGCUGUCUGGCUCAGCUUCUGAUCAACCUCUCAGACAACGUCUCUGAAGGAGCCCCGGCGGCCAUGUAA